UACUACGACUCGUGUGCUGAGUGACAUAAAAACGCCUCGCUCCGCUUUUCCCCCCAAAGCGCAGAAGCAAUGAUUUAUGGCGAAACUAUUUGCGAGCAGCAGCCGCUGCCGCGCGGAGCAACACAAAAUGGCGGGCGCUGGUGUGCGUUGGUCACUGCGCUGGCGACUGUGUUGCUCGUAAUGCGGUGUUUUUCUUGUUGCGCUAGGCGCCUUCUGUCUUGACGCGAUGCACUCACCUUAACGCAAACAUGAAGAAGAUCGUCCUGAAGCCCGUCGAAGGCGGACAAAAGUCGGUGGAGCUUAAAAUCGGCAAAACCAUCAUUGGCCGGGGCCCUCUUCUAGAAUGCAGCGACAAGAAGGUUUCCAGAAACCACGCCGUAUUGGAAGUCACUGAAGAUGGCGAAGUCUUUCUCACACCUACCCAUGUCAACCCCUGUUUCUACCAAGUGCAAGGCAAGGGGCCAUCUAAAGUUAUGAAGAAGGACAAACAGCAGUUGCUCCAGUCUGGUGAUUCCAUAGCACUGCUACCAAACAGCUAUAAGUACAUUGUGGAAAUCAACUCAUCAUCAUCGUCAUCAAUAUCACCAGGCUUCAAAGAGUCCCAGCCCGCAGAUGAUGCCGACAACAAGGACAGCAUUGCUGAGAAGCCAGCCACGGCAGUCAUCCCCUCUGAGGAGGCACGUAAAAAUGGCAGCGCCGAGGAGAAUCACCACUCGACGACGACAGUCAUCACGAAGACUGAAAAUGGGGAUCGGGGGAGCUCGAAAGAGGCCAGUCCCGAGGCUGUCUCCAAGGUGACGCCGGCAGCGAGGAAGGCUGUUGGUGGUGCCCCCGCAAGCAAGGCCGGCGAUGGUGAGAGCAAGUCAUCGACAGGAGGCACGAGAACACUGCCACGCUGGCUUUUAGACAGUGCAGCGAAAUCGGCGACGACAGCAGCCAGCGCAAAAGCAGCCAAGGCCUCAAGUGUACAGAAGGACAAGAAGGCCACCGCUGAACCGGCAACUGUAAAAAAGGCCGGGCGUGCAGUGGGCAAGGAGCCGGCCACAAAAGCUCGCGGAAGGCAAGCCAAGGAAUCUGAGAGUGAGGCUGAGGAGGAUAAGCCCAACCAGAAGUCCGAAGAUGAGGCAGAGGAAGAAGAGGAGGAGGAGGAGUCUGAGGAAGAGUACACACCCAAGAAGAAGAAGAAGCCGGAGCAGGCGGAGCGUCGCCCUGCCACUGCUUCCAGCGGCAACCGGAAGGGCAGCCGGUCUUCAAGACAAAACCGUGGACUCAUGCAGAAAAUCUCUCUCGAUGAUUUCAUUGCGAGCGACGAUGACGAGUGGGACAACAGCUCGGAUGAGUGGAAGCCAAAGAAGCGGCGAAAGCAGGUGGAUGAUUCCGGCAGUGACUGGGAGGAGGAGAACCGUCGGACCAAGAAGACACCACGCUACGCGGCCUCGGACAGCGACUCUGCCAGUGAUUGGGAGCGUGCAAGCCGUAGGAAGAAGCCUGCCACGAGAACACGGAACAGGCGGAAGAGAUCAACGUCGGAGAGCGGCAGUUCUGAAGAGAGCGAGAAGGCCCCCGUUAGGCGAGGCCAGAGGCGGCAGCCAGCAAAGCGACCGAGCUGCAAGUAUGGCAGGAAGUGUUUCAGAAAAAGCGCACAGCAUCUGAAGCAGUUUAGCCACCCCAAGGACUCCGACUAUGAAAAUUCCUCGGGGGAUGAGGAUGAGGACAGGGACGAGGAAGACACCAAGGACCAUGCUGACGGUAGUGAUGCUGAGAGCGAGAGCGACCGCGGCAAGAGACAAACCAAGCGACCAUCUGCCACUGCCCCAAGCAAAAAGCGUGUCAAGACACGGGAAGAAGAGAGUGACGGUGACGACAACGACAAGAGCGGGAAUGAGGAUGACAGACCCAUGUGCCGAUACGGAAAGGAGUGCUUCAGGAAAAAUGCCCAGCACUUGAAGAACUUCAAGCACCCACCUGCAGCCAGUAAAAAGAAAGAACCUACAAAACAGACGAGCAAGAAAGCUAAGUCCCGAGGAAAAACCAAAGGCUCGUCUGAAGAUGAAGAGGUGAAAGAGGAAGCAGCAUCAGGUGACGAGUACGAAUGGAAGGAUGAGGACGACACUGUCAAGAAAAGCAACGAAGAAGACAGCAGCAGCGAACAAAAGAAAGCAACACCUGCCAAGCGGAAACGUGCCACCGAGCGCCUGGUUGCUUCAGCGGCUGACGACUGAGAGUGCCCUGGAUACGCUGUUGUGGUGUGAGUGGUGUGCCUCUGUGUGUAGCUACGCAGUGUUCUCUCGCAUUUGCUUUUUUUUUUUCGUUGCUUUCUUUUUUCGUUCAUCCACUCAAGUCCUGCAAAAGUCACGCUUCUUCACUGGUGGUGUAACGUGCUUCUAAUGUCUACCUGCCCUGCCUACCUACCUGCCUUCCCAGUUUUGUGUAAUGGAACUUGUUGAAGUCUUCAGUCCUUUGCAAAGUUUGGACCAAGGAAGUGCCCCCUGCAUGGUUGAUGAACUCGUGCUUCGAAAGAAAAAAAAAAUGAUGCGAACAUUCAAGCGGUAACAUUGUGCACAUCUGUCUAUGCUUUUUUUCUUUAUCAUUUUCAUCUCCUUGCUUGUACCAUAGCUCACCAUUUUCUAUCCUUUCCUUUUACGUUAGAGUUAGCAUCUGGCUUGUUUUGUUCACCCAGUGGUGUUUCGAAGCUCACACCAAUAAAAGUUUAUUAUAACUUUAGAAGGCCAUCAUCACUGUUCAAGGAUUGCUCGCACUUAGCUAGGAAUGAAACCAUUGUGUGAUAGCUUGCUAGGGUGGUUGCGGAUAACCUGGUUGCACAGGUAGGGAUCUUCUAAAGACAAACACUGAUGUAACGAACACAGAUAUGUAACAAAUUACUGGAUAUAGGUAAACGAAUCAAAUGUUUUUCCCCAAUAUCAGCAUAUAACGAAUAUUAGAUAACUAAUGUAGUAUUUCCAUGCCGGAUGUGGCUUUGUUACAGUGUGGUUUUACUGUACUAGCCCUGUGGAAUACAAGUAUCUUCAUGUGUGCAGCCAUCGUUAACAUGACAAACAGGGCUAGGUAGUCUUGUGUUUCAAACUUCAGUGCUCUGGCAUUGCACACAAAGCAACUGUUGCAACCUAGGAUGACAUGUGUAGCACAUGUCUGAAUUCAGAAGCGUAGACUGUUGGGCCAGUUGGUGCAUCAUGUAGAGUCGUUGAGCUGAAGUACGGGCAGGAAGAAACGGGGGGGCGACAGGACAGAUGCUCACUUACAACUGAAGUUUAAUUAAAGGUUUUCCAGGAAGCAGAGGGCAGCACAUGCGCAGUCAAAAGGCUGAUACAGAGCUCAAGCGCAAUCACAUGCCAAAAAUACUAACGCCCAAACAGAUAUCUAAUUUCUUUAUCCGUCAAGGCAACUGAUGGGACACAUUGCAGAUUAUGAAUAUACCGUAUUUACUCGAUUCUAAGCACCCCCUUUUUUUCACGAUCGCGAUGCCCAAACUGAGGGGGGUGCUUAGAUUCGAAAAAUCUAGGAUGACUGUCCCCCCCCCCCUCCCUCUUUUCGCUGUGACAUCACGACGAGACGGGAGCGAGAAAUAACAUUUUAUUUUGCAAACAUUCAAAAGAAAAAUCAGUGCACACAGUGAACCCACCGCUUGUGUAGGAUGCUCAGUUACUAUCACUGCCACUCUAGCACCGCUUGAACCGCCACUCUCGGUAUUCCACAGCAGGUCGUCUUCCAUUCCGUCAAAGUGGUUUGUGAUCGAGCAGUUCUUAAAUGACUUGACCACAAUGUCCGCUUGGGACCCGCUUUCAAGCGUCCGAAAUCCACUUUGCGAUGGUUGAUGGGGACGCUUUGUGUAGCUUUCGCCAUAUAUCCAUACAGUCCGGCUGUACGGCGUACUCGCGCCGCGGACGCCGUGCCACCUCGGGACUCCGACGGCUCCGGCUCGAUGACAGAGUGAGCAAGCGCGCUUCUUAACAAAUAGGGGGGUGCUUAGAUUCGCAUGCAAACUUUUUCCCCAAUUUUUUCACUAAAAUAGAGGGGGGGGGGUGCUUAGAAUCGCGAAAAUACAGUAUCUGGCCAGCCUAAAUAAUUUCUCUUGCCAGUCUGUCAUUAGACUUGUUUAAAAUGGAUGCAUUUCUAAAUAGCGGAGUGCAACCGCAAUCUUUGAUGUGUGCAGGUAGGUGCAUACCGCCCGCAACAGCCUUUAAAGACACCGAGUGCUCCCCGAGUCGGUUGUUUAUACACCGACCCGUUUGGCCAAUGUAAACUUUACCGCAGCGGAGCGGAAUCUGGUAAACAACCUCAGUGGCACAAGUCACCAGGGUGUUUACAUGCCUUUUCUCACAUGCUCUCUAAUACGCAAUCGGAGGGAAACGAAAAAUGAAAAAAAAAAAGCAUGUGAGAAGAGACAUGUAAACCCCCUGGUGACUUGCGCCACUGAGAUCGUUUACCAGAUUCCGCUCAGCUGCGGUAAAGUUUACAUUGGCCAAACAGGUCGGUGUAUAAACGACCGACUCGGGGAGCACUCGUCGUCUUUAAAGGCUGUUGCGGGCGGUAUGCACCUACCUGCACACAUCAAAGAUUGCGGUUGCACUCCGCUAUUUAGAAAUGCAUCCAUUUUAAACAAGUCUAAUGACAGACUGGCAAGAGAAAUUAUUUAGGCUGGCCAGAUACACACACAGUCUGCUCACGUGUCAGUGCCCCGUCAGUUGCCUUGACACAUAAAGAAAUUAGAUAUCUCCUUGGGCAUCGGUAUAUUUUUGCAUGUUAUUAUGCUUGAGCUACCCGCCAUGGUUGCUCAAUGGCUAUGGUGUUGGGCUGCUGAGCACGAGGUCGCGGGAUCGAAUCCCGGCCAUGGCGGCUGCAUUUUGAUGGGGGCGAAAUGCGAAAACGCCUGUGUUCUUAGAUUUACGUGCAUGUUAAAGAACCCCAGGUGGUUGAAGUUUCCGGAGUCCUCCACUAUGGUCUGCCUCAUAAUCAGAAAGUGGUUUUGGCAUGUAAAACCGCAGGAAUAAAUCAUAGUAAUAAUUAUGCUAGAGCUCUGUAUCAGCCUUUUGACUGCGCGUGUGCUACCCUCCGCUCCUUGGAAAACCUUUCAUUAAACUUCAGUUGUAAGUGAGUGUCUGUCCUGUCCACUCCAUUUCUUCCCACCUGUAUUUCCGCUCAACGACUCUACAUGUCUGAAUGUUGUCUUUUAGCAGAGAGCUUCAGCGAAUAUGCUGCAUACAUGUCAUCAUUACUGUUUUACUGGUAUUACUGUUUUACUGAUGGGACAAAUUUUUUUUUUUUUUUUUUUUUUUAACGCGAGGGCAAAUGCCUCAGGGCAUACAGGGGUAUGCGAUGGGGGUGAAUAAGGAUGAUUAAAUGAAAGGACAGAUUUGCAAACAGGAAUGCGGGUGGUGACACCUUGUGGCACCUUGCUCAGCUAUACUGCAUGGGAAUGGGUGCAUCCUGUGGCAGCGUACUCUUGUCUGGUGGUGUAAAGGUUCUUGUGAUGAUGCAAGCUUCCUAAUAUCGUACUUCUCCCUGCCAAGAACUGUCUUGCAACAGAACAGUCCAGUCAGUUCUGGUUUGCACACACUGGUACUACAUGUCAUCACCAAUGCUACUGUUCAUGUUUGCAUCUUAAAACGGCAGCACUAAAAUGUAUGACCUUCUGGCUGAAACUCCCUGUGAUAACGCUCGCUUUACCUUUAAUUCUGACAUGCACAGUGAACUUCUAGAAAUGGGUGAAUCUUCAAAGUUAUAGGAUGUCCUAUGACAUAGAUUGUGACACCUUGUAGCCUUGCGGGCUGGUUAGUCUUUCCAAAAGGGGUUUGCCUUAAUCACUAAUCCUGAGAGCAGGCUUGCCACAUUUUUCAAAUUACAAGGUUGAGAAUGGGAAUCGCUGUGGGCAAAUUUGAAAUAUGAAGAGCAUUACAGGAGCAGACAUUCAGUCAAUGUUCCAUGUGGAUAGAUAGCUGUUAUGCUCGGCAGGCAGUCAAAAAAAAGUUUUUUUUUUUCUAUUGAAACUCCCGCUUUUGCACGCAUUGACUGUCCUUUCAUGUAGGUCUGUUGUUUUGCCGAAGAGAGUUGAACCUUGUCAUGUCAGAUUCAUUUGUGCCAUGUGGCCAUUUAUGGCAUCUUGGAACACGUAGCAAAUGUGCAUUUGAAUCUUGAAGAAAACAUUAAAAACCUCAUUUGCCCAUGCUAGGUGGAUGGUCAAGGUAUUAACUGAAAUAGAGCUCUUACCUUUUUGAAACCAAACCCUUUGCCAGAACCUAGCAUGUCAAUCUUCCUUCUUUUUUCUUCCCCCGUUUGGACAAUAGCUCUUCUCUGCCAUUGAAUUACCAAGCUCUGAAUCUUGUGUGGACGUGCCAGAUAUUGUUGAUGGAAGGGAAAUGUUGAAAAUUUCAACUGAUGGAUGAGGCCAUUGAAACAAGCAAGAUCAUCUGGGAAAAAAAAAAAAAAAACCUAUUAUAUUGGAUUUUUAACAGGUCUUUCACUUGACAAGUCAAAGCGUUUGUUUAGCAUUGUAUAUGUUAGGUUUCUUGUGCUUGCUAGAUGAUUUUACAUGAUGCCUCAAGUCCACACUCAAUUCCAUUUUUACUGUGAGAACUUGUCCGGUAGCACAAUGGUGUUAACACAGUGAUAAAUUUGCACAAACGUGA